AUGAGCCGUAGCGCCAAACUCGCCCCGGAAGCCAACAGCCUGCGCGCUCCGUGGCAGGGCAGGGGAAUGGCGAUCGUCUUGGUUUGCAGCUUGAGGCUUGGUGCUGACAUGCUCGUCGAUAGGAUCCUCUUUGUGAAGAAUCUCAGCUACAACGUUACUGCGGAGGAGCUCUUCGAUCUCUUUGGCAAAUUCGGCCCGAUCCGCCAAAUACGCCAGGGCAUCGCCGCAAACUCGAAAGGCACAGCAUUCGUGGUAUAUGAGGACGUCUCGGAUGCAAAGCAGGCUUGCGACAAGCUGAACGGGUUCAACUUCCAGAACCGCUAUCUCGUCGUUCUCUAUCACCAGCCAGAGAAGAUGAUCCGAUCAAAAACAGACCUAGCCGCCCGCCAGGAAAACCUCGAACGCCUCAAGCUGCAGCACGGCAUAGAUUGA